CCUCUCCUCCACAUCCAUCCGCCGUCCGCCCCUCCGGUACCCGGCUCUCCUCUGCUCCUGCAGCCGCGGAGGGCGCACUCUGAUCGGGAAGGAAGACGCACCAAACCCCGCUGGGAGAAAAUGGCUUUUUAACACUCAGACAGAGAGAGACGGAAAAAAGAAAACCCCCACAACAACAUCAACAACAAGAGAGGAAACAUGGAUCCUUUGCCUUCCUCCCUCCUCCUCCUCCUCCUCCUCGUCGCUUCCCAGUGCUGCUUCCCUGCCUCUGCCGACAGGAGAUUCGGCUGUCUGUUUGAGAGCAAGCUGUGUGCGCCGUAUGAAAUCUGCGUCAACGAUGGUAUGUUUGGGAGGUGUCACUCGGUUCCGGUGAAGGAGGUGUACACCUACGACGUUUCCCCAUCUGUGGUGCAACGCUUCAGGAUGCUGCUGGAGAAGCUGUCCAACAGAGGUUUGACGUGGGAGGACGACGCCACGCAGCAGGUCCUGUCCAAGGAGUUAUCCAAGCUGAGGAGGAUCCCCUACAGGCCGCUGGAGAACGGGCCCAUCUACAGCACCAACAGCAGACCUGUAGCUGAAGCGAUGGACCCAGCGGACCAGAGGGUGAAGCCGGUGGAGGUGGAGCUCAACAGAAACCUCCAGGCGUACCUCCAGCGCCUGGGCCUCCUCCCCAAGACGCCCCCUCCCGCCGGCCUGAACACCCCCAGCAAGAGUGACCGUCAGUUCCAGUCAGGCAUCCCUGCAGACUACUACCGCUCCAAAGCCCAGGGUGGAGUUCAGAAGUCGUCCACAUCCAGCUUCUCUCCUCUGUCCUCUCUGCAGCCUCUGCAGAAGGAGAGAGUCCCAGCAGCCACCCAGCUCCUCGGUGCCCAGGCCGAGGGCGAGCUCCUCAUGGCCGCCCUGAGGCAGUACCUCUCUGGGCAGCUGUCCCUGCAAGGUGAGGCGGGCAACCCCGAGGACCAGGAGGCCCCCUCCUCCCGCCUCAGGCCCUUCUACAGCAAUGCAAUAGAAAACUCUGGACUGAAGAAAGAAACCUCAAAGCCCAGGCUUCUCAGGUUGGGAGGAAGUAAAGUGUCUUCAGUCAAGGAUCCACUCACCUCAGUGGAUGAGAGAUUUAUCCAGAAAGUUCUGCAGAACGUUGGCAGGCAGCAUGUUGACAUGGACGACCUGACGCCUCAGGACCUGGACCAGCUGUCCAGCCUGAUCGCCGACGCUCUGCAGGUAGUAGACCAGGGCGAGAACACAGGCCUGACCCGGGACAGACCCGGGCCGAGAGACCUGCAGGGUGAGCUGAGGGAGGAGCAGCAGGAGGACGAGGAGGAGGAUGUGGGGAAGGAGGAACGUGUCAGAGAUGAAGAGGAAGAGGAAGAGAAAAAGGUGGAGAGUGCUCCGACAGUGAAGGCACAGGAGAGCGCUCCCAUGGCGCAGGCAGAGCUUCAAGAGCGCCAUGUGGACGCUGAGGCAGAGCAGCCCAACGCAAAAGACAAGGCUACAAGUGGCAACCUGUUCACCAAACUCCUAGCGUACCUGGACAAAACCACCUUCGCCGACUCCCCGACGCCGAGGAACCAGGGCGCAGUGGAUGCUGAGGCGCAGAGAGGCCGACGGGUGGGACUGGAGAACGUCCGGAGUCGGACCAGCCAGGCCGAAGUGACGGUCCAGAAGAAGGACGCCACCCAGUCCGUGGAGGAGGUGUCGGAGGUGGCCGGCUGGAUCAAAGAGGUGGCGCCCCCUCCUGCCGCGGUGGUGUACGAGGAGACCCACAAGAAGCCCAUGCAUGUUCCUGAGCUUCAGCUGGACGUCAAAGCCAGCAAGAAGAAGCCUGAGGACGACGUCUUCGGAUACGUCAUCACCGAUACUGAUGUGCUGCAGUCAGACGAUGGCAUCCACCUGAUGGAGAUCCUGACUCGCCGGGCCAAAAUCCAGAUCUCUGAUGUCACCAACUUCUUAGUGGUGGGCCCCGCUGUGACCUUCCAAGUGCUGCCGAACACUCAGAACGUCACCACAGCAGAUGUGGUCAACAUAGCUGUUCAGCAGAAAACCGAUGUGGAGAAAGAGGCCAAGCUCAACAUCCUGGAGGCCGGCGUCGCCGAUGGAAGCAAGAUCAACCAGAUCCCCACCAAGUACAGCCAGACCGAGUCCACCAAGUUCCUCAUCCUCACCGUCGUGUCCAUCCUGUGCAUCGUCGGCGUGCUGCUGGCCUCCACUGUCGUCUACUGCCUCCGCCACCGCUCCCACCACAAGCUCAAGGAGAAGCUCACCAACCUGGGAACAGACACCGGCAGCGACUCCACCGCCACCUAUCAGGAGCUGUGCCGGCAGCGGAUGGCCGUCAAACCCCCGGCGGAGCGACCGGAGCCCAUCUCGUCCCGCAUCAACAGCGUGUCGUCGCAGUUCAGCGAUGGAGGCCCGGCCGUCAGCCCGUCGGCGCGGAGCAGCACCUCGUCCUGGUGCGAGGAGCCUGCCCACUCCAACAUGGACAUCUCCACCGGUCACAUGAUACUGUCCUACAUGGAGGAUCACCUGAAGAAUAAGGACCGCCUGGAGAAGGAGUGGGAGGCGCUGUGUGCCUACCAGGCCGAACCCAACGCCUGUACCGUGGGCCUGAAGGACGGAAACGCCAAGAAGAACCGCUCCAGCGCUGUGGUUGCAUAUGAUCACUCCAGGAUCACCUUGAAGGUGGAGAACAGCCAAGGCAACUCCGAUUACAUCAAUGCCAGCCCAAUCAUGGAUCACGAUCCCAGGAACCCAGCCUACAUCGCCACUCAAGGCCCUCUGCCCUCCACCGUGGCUGAUUUCUGGCAGAUGGUAUGGGAGAACGGCUGUGUGGUCAUUGUUAUGCUGACGCCUCUCGUUGAGAGCGGGGUGAAGCAGUGCUACCAUUACUGGCCUGACGAGGGAUCCAACCUCUACCACAUCUACGAGGUCAACCUGGUGUCCGAACACAUCUGGUGCGACGACUUCCUGGUGCGCAGCUUCUACCUGAAGAACAUGCAGACCAACGAGACGCGAACCGUCACCCAGUUCCACUUCCUCACCUGGCUCAACCAGAACGUGCCGGAGACCAGCCGGACGCUGCUCGACUUCCGCAGGAAAGUUAACAAGUGCUACCGGGGGCGCUCGUGUCCUAUCAUAGUCCACUGCAGUGACGGUGCAGGGAGAAGUGGCACCUACGUCCUGAUCGACAUGGUCCUCAACAAGAUGGCUAAAGGUGCCAAGGAGAUUGAUAUUGCAGCCACUCUGGAGCACCUGAGGGACCAGAGGCCGGGGAUGGUCCAGACCAAGGACCAGUUUGAGUUUGCGCUGACGGCGGUCGCGGAGGAAGUGAACGCCAUCUUGAAAGCUCUUCCACAGUAGGAAGCAGCUCCGCCUCCCGAUGGACCUGCUCCUCCUCUCCUCCGCUACACCUCUCCUCUUCCGGCCCACGCCUCUCCCCUCCUCUCAUACCAGCCCUGCUUCUCUC